AUGUCGGCGAACGAGUCGCUACCGCUAUUCCACGAAAACACUGCUGGCGAAGGCCAAGACAACAUGGUGCCCAAUACCAGAAAAGCGCAGAUCGAAUGCAUUUCGGACGAUGCUCUCAUUCACCUCAAGUCCUACAAGUACUCAAGCGUCGACAAGUCGCCUGUUUCCAAGUACAUUCUCGGUCCCUGGUGGAACUUCUUCGUCACCCUUCUGCCGCUAUGGAUGGCCCCCAACAUGGUGACCCUCGUCGGCUUCUUCUUCAUCUUGGCCAAUGUCGCGCUGCUCAUCGUCUAUAUCCCUGAUCUGAUCGGUCCUGGCCCUUCUUGGGUAUACUUCAGUCUCGCCACCGGCCUCUUCAUGUAUCAGACUAUGGACAACGUCGACGGCAAGCAAGCUCGCAGAACCGGUACCUCUAGCGGCCUCGGCGAACUCUUCGACCACGGCAUCGACUCGCUCAACUGCACCCUCGCCAGUCUCUUUCAGGUCGCCGCCAUGGCCCUCGGUACGUCGCCCGCAGGUGUCUUCACUGCUCUCUGCCCCUGCGUCGCCAUGUUCUUCUCGACCUGGGAAACAUACCACACCCACACCCUCUAUCUCGGUUUCAUCAAUGGCCCUACCGAGGGUCUGCUUAUCGCUUGCGGCAUCAUGAUUACCUCUGGCAUUUGGGGCCCUGAGAUCUGGAGCCAGCCUAUGGCUGGCAUUCUCGGCGACAGCCUACCUGGUCUUGCCGAGAUGCUCGGCGAGACCUCCGUCCGCGACAUUUGGGUCCCGCUCGUUGCUAUUUCGCUGUUGGGCACGCACGUACCCUUUUGUGUCGUCAAUGUCAUUGAUGCUCGCCGCAAGCAGGGACUUCCUGUCUCCCCCGUCUUCCUGGAGCUUGCGCCAAUGACUGUCUUUACUGUCACCAUUGUCGCCUGGCUCGGCUCUCCAUACAGCACGCUUAUGAAAGAGAACCAUCUGAUCUUGUUUUGCUGCACCAUGUCGUUUGUCUUUGGCCGCUUGACUACUAAGAUGAUUCUGGCCCACUUGACGCGCCAGCCCUUCCCUUACUGGACUGCCAUGCUCUGGCCUUUGGUCGGUGGUGCCGUUCUCGCGAACCUGCCUCGGAUCGGAUUCCCCCAGCUCAGUGCUUCUCUGGAGGCUUACUACCUCUGGGCUUACUUUACAUUUGCUACUGUUUUAUACUUUCGCUGGGCUUUUGUCGUUGUCAACGCCAUCUGCAACUUUUUGGGCAUCAAUGCGCUCACCAUUCCCAAGGAGAAGCAGAUUGCCAACAAGCGUGCGCAUGAUGCUGCUAAGCUGCACUAA